AGACGAGGCCGGAGCAAGCGAAAUGAAAAUGUCGCAGACAGAGUGGCGACUUGGGGCGUGUACAAGGGGAAAAGUGACGGAAUAUAUAUUGGACCGACGACUAACUAGGGUUGUCUCUCGGCCUUUUCUGGCUGCUCCACCACAAUAAUGCCAAUAUGCAUCCCAAACAGCCUCGUGCCCAGUAGAGCCAGCGAACAAGGCGGAGGCCCGGGAGGGGGAGAGAGGCUGAUCAUUGAUAGUGGUGAUAAGGUAUAAUUACUUUAUGACCCAUCUCCUGGCCCUGAUGGCGGAAGAAUUGGAAGAAUCACAGUCGUGCUGAAAAGAGUGUCCCGCUGCAGGCGAAAGACUGACGACUAGAAUCUCCGAGAAAGACGACCAAGAAGAAGACGACUACGACGAAGAAGAAGAAGGAGAAGAAGAAGAAGAAGCAGAUCCAUAACUGACUCAAGAACCGCCAAUUCUUCACUUACUUACCUACCUCCCGACCCUACCACCUCCUCAGAUACAUACCAUGGACUACGAAACCGCAGACGGCUCCCAAUUCUCCCUCCGCGAGAUCUGGUCCGAAGACCCCAACCCCACCAAUACCACCACCGCCACGACGACGCACACCACCAAACCCAUCAACUCCCCCAAAUUCGAACACACCCUCAUCACCGCCUUCGUAGACGGCAACGCCUACGCAGGAAAAUCUCUGCAACGCAUUUCCGCCAUGGACGACGUCGACGUCUUCGGCUACCUGGAACCCGUUCCCUCGGAAAACAUUUUCCCCAUCAUGCCUGCGGAAUUUACUCGAGCUCCACCUUUUGACAUGGCAAAUCAUUAUCUCAAAGCUCCGCAGUUUACGUACGAGGAUUCUCGUCCGGGACGGACGAGUGUCGCGGAUCGGUUGAGGAAUGAGGCACGGGUGUUGGAGUUUUUGAUGGGGCAGGGGAGGAGGAGGAGGAGGAUGGAAAAUGGGGAUGGGAAUGAUGUGGUUGGUGGGAAGGAUGAAGUGGGUGGGGAUGAAGUGGAUGCUGCUGCUGCUGCUGUGCCGCAUCCGAAUGUGGUGAGGUAUUAUGGAUGUGUGUUGAAGGAUGAGAGAAUUACGCAUUUGUGUUUGCAACGAUGUUAUUGUAAUUUGGCAGAGUAUGCAGAAGUGGGACUUUCGAGUGAGGAGACGGACGAAUUGUUGGGUCAGGUACAAGAAGGGUUGAAGUUUUUGCAUGGGUUGGGGUUGGCGCAUAAUGACAUUCAUCCAGGUAACAUAUGCGUCGACUCCCAUGGCAACGCCAUCAUCGUCGACUUCGACUCCUGCGCCCCCUUUGGCCAACCUCUGACCAAAGGCGUGGCGUGCAUGACAUCCACCACAACAGAAAAGGGAGUUCCCGUUUCGGAUAAGAAGAACGAUUAUGAAGCGUUCAAGGAACUGGUGCAAUUUUUGAAAAAGGAGAGGAAACGUUCGUCGGCAUGUUAUCCGCAGUUUUGAGAAGAGAAAGAUUGUGAAUAAGUGCAGGCGAACUUUCUUUUCUUUUGAGAGAAAGGGAGGAAGUACCUUGAUAGCAUAAGUGAGUGUGAAAGAAGAAGAAGAUGAGGAGGAGGAGGAUGAGGGGGGAAGCCAUGGUAUGCGUGUUAUGAGUAAUUAUCAACCAGAACAACUGUACGGAUACUGUAUUUGUAGAGAGAGGCGCGAAUAUGAGUAUACGAAAUGAUUU